AUGUUUAUUUUGAUGCUUAAAGGUGGUCACGCUGUGUGUACGACCCUCACCGGCAUUGGCAACGCUGCCUAUUGGACAAUAGGUUUGGUGUUUAUUGACGAUAGCGUCAAGAAAAAGAAUUCACCCGUUUAUAUAAGUAUGGCCGCGUGUUUCCGUCUGUUGGGGCCGACCAUAGCUUUCCUUCUGUCAUCAUAUGUAUUGACAUACUAUGAAAACCCAUUGAUUGACCCUGGUAUAACAGACAAAAGGGACCCACGUUACGUGGGCGCAUGGUGGCUUGGAUUUGCAUUAUUGGGCGUAUUUAUAUUCAUAUUUUCAUUGCCAUUGUUUCUCUUUCCCCGAAAGUUUCCCAAAACACAAUCGAAUAGCAGUAAUAUUAAUAUUAAUAAAGAUAAAAUAUUAAAUCAACAUGAUGCUAUUAAUGAAGAAAAUUCUAAAUUAAGUCUGGGAUUUAGAAUUAAAAGGUUAGUAACUAAUCCAAUACUAGUGUGUUAUGUUGUGGGCACAACUCUGCGACUGUUUGGUGUGUUGGGUUACAUGACUUUCAAACCUAAAUACAUUGAAUCUCAAUACAAACAAACCGCUUCAAAGGCCAAUUUAUUUUCAGGUAUCGUAGUCCCGUCAGCUGUAGGUAUACUAUUAGGCGGUGUAUUUAUUAAAUACUUACAACCGGGCCCUAAACUUCUCACAACUUUCAUUACAAUUGUUGAAUUGGUUGGUACAGUGGGCUUCAUAUGUGCCCUAUUCCUGGGCUGUCCGCCCACACCAUUCGCCACACUUCCAGUUAAUAACCCAAACUUGAAUCAGCAUUUAUUUUGCAAUGCCAAUUGUUCAUGUUCAUCAAACACAUUUAAGCCCAUAUGUGGACCAGAUAAUUAUACCAAUUAUUUUUCACCAUGUUUUGCUGGCUGUAAACCCGAGUCUAUUUCGAUCGCUAUAAAUGGCCAAAAUCAAUAUUCGUCAUGUGAUUGUUUUGAUGGCUCAGAUGUGGCCACAGAGGGAUACUGUAAAAUAGAUUGUGUGGGCACACUCGCCCGCACUGGUAAUGAUAAAUACGACAAAAGUUUGGCCUCAGGUUUAUGGGGCGGGUUUUACUCGUUAUUCGCUUUUAUUCCAUACCCGCUUGUGUUCGGUGCGGUCACAAACACGGCGUGUGAGGUCUGGGAGUCAAAGUGUGGUAAAACCGGUAAUUGUCUGGUCUAUGAUUCGGACAAAUUCCGGAACCGACUCAAUGGUCUGACUCUAGUAUUAUAUCUCUUGGGAUCAGUUUUCGAUGUAAUCGUUAUAUUCUUGUCGUCGAGAAUCAAGAAUCUGUACGACGACGAGGAAGAGGAUAAUAAACAUAAUAAUGACAUUUAA